AUGUGUGGGAUUCACGUGUCAAUCUCAACCAAAGCUUUUCAUGCACCAAGCGAUGAGCUCAAGGACUUACUCUCUAAUAGAGGUCCAGAUCACCUUGGGAAAGCGCAAACUAAGAUCCGCAUCCUAGAUGGAGCAACCUACUGGAUCUCGCUCACCUCUACUGUGCUGGCCUUAAGGGGAGGCCAGCUGAUGGCUCAACCUUUUCAGGAUGUCCCAAGUGGCUCUUCCCUCUGUUGGAAUGGAGAGGCUUGGGCAAUAGCGCCAGGCCCGGUCAUAGGUAAUGACGGCCAAAUUGUGUUUGAUCUCCUUUUGAAAGCCAGCUCGUUGGAAUUGAGCGCUGCAGACUCAGUUGCUGCGGUCCUUAAAGUUCUGCGAAGCAUUUCGGGGCCAUUUGCGUUUGUUUUUCUGGACCAAAAUCAUCAUCUGAUGUAUUUCGGGCGGGACCGGCUGGGCCGACGGUCUUUGCUCUUCAACACUGAUGGAUUUCCGAUAUCUAUGGAGUUCUCCAGUUGUGCAGAUCCAGCAAGUGGUGGCUGGAUGGAAGUGGAAGCUGACGGCAUUUAUCAACUUUCAUUUUGCCACGAGAAUUCUGUUUUUGGCCAACCAAAUGCCGAUCAACAUUUCUUUUCCAAGUCGAUCAUACCGCUUCGGAGGCACGAUUGGGAGGACCAAAAUAAUACAUCUCCUUUUCUGCAUAAUUACGACGCACCAGUUCAACAUCUGCGUCGUCUUCUAUGUGAGUCUCUCAAACCUAGGAUUCUCAAUGUUCCCAGACCACCGGGCUUAAGUGAAGCACACAAUGUCCGUGUCGCUGUUCUGUUUUCUGGAGGCCUUGAUUGCACAGUUCUGGCUCGUUUGGCCCAUGAACUACUUCCCUCUAACCACGAAAUUGACCUCAUAAACGUGGCUUUCGAGAACCCACGGUCUAUAAAUGCUGCUAGAAAGACGAAAACUUCUAAGAAGAAAACGGAUCAUGAUGCCCAGUGUAAUUCUGGGGCAACAACAGAGGAUAUUGAAGGGGAAGAAAACGAUUUGCUUAGCGACUCAUAUUAUGAAGUAUGCCCCGAUAGAAAGACUGGAAGGAAAGCAUUUCAAGAGUUGCAAAGCGUGUGCCCUACACGAGUCUGGCGGUUUAUCGCAGUGGAUGUUCCUUACAAGGAGACAAUGGCUCAUAGGGCCAUGGUUGUCAACCUUAUUUCUCCACAUAAUACAGAGAUGGAUCUCUCAAUUGCGUUUGCUUUAUAUUUCGCUGCCAGAGGAGUUGGACUGGCGUCGAGUAGCCUAUAUGCCGAUCCAGUCCCUUACGAAACCCCAGCUCGCGUCCUUAUCUCGGGGCUUGGGGCUGAUGAGUUAUUCGGUGGAUAUACUCGCCAUUCAACUGCUUUCAACCGGGGUGGAUUUCCUGGUCUUCUUGAUGAGAUCGAACUGGAUGUCAAUCGCCUUGGGAAGCGGAACCUGGGUCGUGACGACCGUGUCAUUUCCCAUUGGGGGCGUGAAGCACGUUUCCCGUAUCUCGAUGAAGCACUAGUCAAAUGGGCAGUUGAAUGUCCUAUAUGGGAAAAGUGUGGCUUCGGAGCCACGGUCCUGAACGAGCCAGAAGGACCAGACAUCGAGCCUGGGAAGAAAGUAUUACGUUUGCUAGCUUAUGCGUUAGGAAUGCGCUCAGUUGCGAUAGAGAAGAAAAGAGCGAUACAAUUCGGUGCUAGAACGGCUAAAAUGGAAGUGGGAAGGAUAAAAGGAACAGCACUUAUAACUUGA